AUGAGUGGAAAAUGUCGAGGUGUACAAUCAUAUGUUCAAACUCAAUAUCCUAAAGCUGUAUAUGUACAUUGUGCUGCUCAUUCACUAAAUCUCGCAGUUUCAACAGCCAGUGAUAUACAACAAAUAAGAAAUUGUUUAGGAGUUAUUGAAAAAAUGUAUACUUUUUUUGAUACGCCCAAACGAAGUGCUGUCAUAUAUAAUGUUAUUGAACAAGAAAAUGCAGAUUUAAAAAUUAAAAAAUUAAAAAGACUUUGUGCAACUAGGUGGAUUCAAAGAUAUGAUUCAGUGAAUAAUUUCUCUGAAUUACUACCAUAUGUUAUGCUUUCUUUGGACGAAAUAUCGGAAUGGAAAGAUUCGUCUGAUGCGUCCAUGUUAAGAAAUGCAAUUGAUACUGAAUUUUUAAUUUCACUGUUUGUCAUAAAAGAAUUAUUUUCAUUUGGAUUACCAUUAUGCAAGCAAUUACAAAGCCAAAGAAUUGAUCUCAAAUAUGCCAUAGAGAUUGCACAGGAUACAAUUACUGCUUUAAAAAAUAUCAGAGAGAAUGUGGAGGAAGAAUUCAAAGUUAUAUAUAGUUCCAUAGAGAAAAUGUCAGAUAUUAUUAAUGUUGAAAUUAAGAGAAAACGUUUAAAUAGUAAGCAGAAAAACAGGGCAAAUCAUAACUUCAAUGAUGAAAAUCAAGGGUUAGAAGAUUAUUUUAGGAUUUCUGUGUUUAUUCCCUAUAUUGAUUAUUUUAUAUCACAGUUAGAAUUAAGAUUUCUGGCACAUAAGCAAAUUUUUGAAGAACGGAAUAGUUUCCAAAAAUUAUUAGAAUUUUAUUCACCAUUGGUUAAUCAUGAUGUUUCUACAGCUACAGCAGAGUUUAAGCUGUGGAAAACCAAACUUUCAAGAACUCAUUCAGUUCUUAAAACUAGCAUUGAUGCACUUGCAUUAUGUGACAAAAAAAUAUUUCCCAAUGUACAUUACUUGUUAAAAAUUCUUUGCACAUUGCCUGUUUCCACGGCUACCCCUGAAAGAACGUUCUCGACAUUAAAAAGACUUAAAACUUACUUGAGAAAUUCUAUGGGUCAGAAGCGACUGAAUGGGCUUGCCAUGUUGUCUGUCCAUAGGACAAUACAAGUGACCGAUGAAGUCAUUGAUGCGAUGGCACUGUCAUCAAGAAAAUUUAAUUUAGUAUUGUAAAUUUAAUAUAGAAUAAAGCUUAUAUACCUAUACAUAUUAUGUACGAAAAU